GUCUGCUUGCCUUAACUCAUUCCUCAUUAAAGAACAAGCCCUGAUGCUGCUGCAGCUGCAGAUGUAGCUGGUCCUCCUGGCGCGAAACCUUUCAAAUUUACAGCCGUAACAAAAAAAUAUUAUAUAACGUCAAACUUAAAUGAUAAAACUCCACAUUUUAGCGACAAACAAUAGAAAUCCGAUGUAAACCCCCAGAAGAGCGUGUCAGAUGCGCAGCGCUGAAGCCGGACAUUGUUGUUGUUGUUGUUUGUUUUUAGCGUAAUGUCUGAAAAGUGACGGUUGUGGAAGUGAUGGAGAACCAGCUGUUGACCGCGGGCGCUGGAGAAACGCAGCCCGAAAAGAAGCAUCAAAAGUCGGUUGUGGUGUAUGACUGUCGGCCCGGCAGCAGCGCUGCUCCACCGCGGACUUUCGACAUCUCCAACGCAGAUUUUACCAGCUUCCUGCAGGCUCUCGUUCGGGAGUUCUCGCUGUCGAAUGAUGAGACUUUCGUUAUUAGCACGACAGACCGAAAGGAAAUCGACCAAGAGCUUUACAAGGAGCUGGUGCACGGGAAAACCUUGCAGCUGAUGACUUCUGUAAAUCAGGAGCUUCCAGUGGCGACUCAGGAGCGGAUCGACUAUCUGCCACACUAUCAUACCCUGGUGCAAUGUGGCAUGUACGAGUAUUACGCCAGCGAAGGACAGAAAGCGUUGCCCUAUGCGUUUGCAGAGCUCAUUGAUAAUGCACUGUCAGCCACCAGGAGAAACACUGACAUCAGGAGGAUUGAAAUCAGACUGCUGUUUGAUGAGGCUCAGGGAGGACCUGCGGUUGUGGUGAUGGACAAUGGCUGUGGGAUGACCUCCAAACAGCUCAACAACUGGGCUGUUUACCGUCUUUCCAAGUUCAUCCGAGAAAACAGCACAUUUCAAAGUGAAGAAGCCGGUUAUGUGCAACCAGAUCCAGUUCCACGCAGUCUGAACAGUGACAUCUCAUAUUUUGGAGUCGGAGGAAAACAGGCUGUGUUUUACAUCGGCCAGUCUGUCAGGAUGAUCAGUAAACCUGCGAGCUCUCCAGAUGUCCAUGAAUUUAUCAUGUCUAAAGACGACUUUGAGCGCAAGGAGAGAAACAAGGAAGACAUUUAUUCGGGCUUUAUUAGAAACAGGAAGCCCGGAGAUUGUUCACAUGUGGACAAAAGCGAGGAGAUGUUUCUGCAGUCCAUUAUGAGAGAAGAAAUUGGAAAGGAGAGUUUUACAGCAGUCGUCAUCACUGGGAUACAACAGGAGCACAUCAAUUAUCUUAAACAGCAUUUCAUUCUGUGGACCAGAGAGUUGGCACAUACUUACCAUUAUUAUAUACAUGGAGUCGAUGGAAACGUCAAAAAUGAAAUGAAAAAAACUGAAUCUUCCUCCAACAUUGACAUUCAGAUCAGUUUGUUUGAGCGCUCGACUCGAGUCCCCCGUAUCAUUAAUCUGCGGGAGGUGGAUAACGACAUGCAGACACUCUAUGUCCGGUCAUCUGCUAACACGUUUGAGUUUAAAGCCACCGGAGCCAAAGAUUCAUUAGUGGAGGGAUUGAUCCGAUAUCAUCCUUUUCUCUACGAUCGAGAAACUUUCCCUGUGGAUCCAUACGCUGCUUCAGCAGAGGAUGAAGAUGAAGAAUUAGAAGUUUUAAAUCCUGAAGGCCGUGGCAAGCGUCCCAUCUUUGAGUGUUUCUGGAACGGCCGGCUCAUUCCCUACACCACAGUCUCAGAGUUCCCGUGGUGUGAGAGGCCCAAGAAAGGUGGCAUCGUCCCGCUGGAGUGUUAUAAUCGUAUUUCAGGCGUCCUCUUUGCCAAUGACAGAUUCCAGGUCAGCACCAACAAACUCACCUUCAUGGAUCUGGAGCUCCAGCUUCGUGACAAAGACACCAUUUUUAACAACGGCCAGGGUCAGCGAGUCAAUAUUGAGAAGGAGUUUACCAACUGGUUGAAAACAUGUCAUGAGAGCUUUGAUAAGCAGGUGAUGUUUCAGGGAUAUAUAAGUAAUGUGACGCGCACAGACGUGGCCACCAAACGUCAGUUUCCCUGGGCUGGAUUUGAAGCCAUUCAAUGGGAUGGCAAAACUUACAAGAGAGGACAAUAUGUCAAGACUGUGAAAACUAAGCCCAUCUUGUAUGGCUCUAUACUUCAGUUCUUGCUUUAUGGAGCAUGUGACGGUGAUGUUUACGCCACUGGAGGAUUUGCCCAGAUUGCAUUGGAACCGAAGGAACUGUACGAUGAGAAAAAGGUCAUUCCCAUCUCAAAGAUUGACAGGAUGGCCACAGCGAAAGCCAUCGAGGAGAACAUUGAGAAUGAACUCGCAAAACUUCCAGACCAAUUGAAGAUUACAUGGCCUGAGGGAAACGCUUGGGAAGACAAAGAUGCUUAUCCAGCUGGAACACCAAUGGGUCCAAUUAAAGUGGAGAUUUUGAACAGAAAAGGAUAUUCGAUCUCUCGUCUGCCUGGAACAGGCAAUAUAAAGAAACUGGUGGUCGAGCUGACAGUCACCAGGCAGUCGCCUAAGAAAGAUGACCAAACUAAGAAAGAUGUACAAACUAACUCUCACAUUGCUGUUCAUUCAACCAAGUGGGAGUACUGGUUCAAGACCAUGGAGAAUCUCACUAAGAUUGGAAAAUACACACUGCAUCUGCAGACCAAGCUGAGCGACAGUUCAGAAAGCCAUUGGGUUGGAAAAAAAUUACCCAACUACACCCUCAACUUUUCUAUUAAAGAGGGUAAAGCGGAAUCUUUUAAAAUCGGUCAGGUUUCCUCUCCUGUCCUUGUUGGAGUUCCCUUCAGCGUCCCUCUGGAUUUCCGGGAUCAGUUUGAGUAUUCCACUCAGCCUCCCAGUGGCAUUAAACCCCAGCUGGAGUGCAGUUCACUGAAGUUGAGUUAUGAUGGGAUCGCGUUUGGGACGACUGCAGUCAUCAACAAUGUGAGAGCCUUGGGAAAGAUCAAACAGCAAGGCAAGAAGCACACAGUGAAGGUGCGCAUCCCGGGGCUGAAGCAGGACAUUGAUUCUUUUCAACUCGCUCUGGAACCUGGUCCUCCACACACUCUGGUGGUGUUUCCAGAUGGAGAUGUGCUCUCUGUUGAGAACGGGACGCCGGUCAACUUUAAAGUGGAGGUUCAUGAUGAGUGCCAGAAUAUCACCGCUCAUCCUAAACUCGCCGUCCGCUGCCAGAUGAUGGGAGCUCCUGAUCUGCCGGUGGACAUUGUGGACUGCAGUAACACCGGCUCUGGACUCAUGCUGACUAAACCACUGUCUCUGAAGACUGUAAAUGCUGAACAGAUCUUUACCGUAAAAUUCAACAUCCCUAACCACAGGACAGUGUCGAGUGUGGAGCGUCAGCUGCGUGUUUUGCCCAGCACUCGGAUAUCCCGUAUAGAGGUGUACAGACAGGAAGAGGGCUCCGAUGAUGUCAUGGUGCUGCAGAAUUCCGAGCGCAUUGAUUGGACGGCAGGAGACACACUGGGAAACCUGUACUUCAGACUGUAUGACGAGGGCAACAGACUGGUGUCCCUCCAGCCAAAAAUAACCAGCAAAAUUAAGGUGAACUGGACGGCAAAGCUAAACGCAGAAGAUCUGGCUCAGGGGAAGCUGCCGUGUUUGGGUGUCCCGACUCAAGCUCAGAGAGAGCAUUUCUACCACGUGUCAUUCCAGGACCAGCACGCCGUCAACAUGUCCUUCAUCAUUGUGCCACGUCCAGACGAGCCUGAGCGUUUGCGGGUCAGACUCGGCGAAUCUACUGUCAAGAUGGGUGAAGUUCUGUCAGGCAGCACAUAUGUGGAAGUGAUGGAUCAGUAUGGGAAUAAAACAGACCGUCUGGAUGCAGAAAGUGUGAACUCUUUAAGUGUUUCUGCUGACGGUCUGGAUAACGAGGCUCUGGCUGUAGAAUGGCAGGCGAGAGCUGGACAUUUUUGUGUUAGUGGCAUCCGUUUUGUAUCCGGAUCCCCAGGCUCACGAGAGCUGAGUUUCCAGCUCCAGCGCAUGAAGGAGUUUGUGCGAGUUGAUGUGACUGCAGGAGCUCCAGCACAGAUAAAACUGCUGGAGGAGCUGGAGAUGCCUUUGCAGGUCAUGAAUGGUCAUGGUUUGGAGACUCCACUGACCAUGCAGCUCUGUGACCAAUGGGGAAAUGCUUCACCAGACCAGCGGGUUAACAUUGUGUUGAAGACUCGCACCUCACAGUUGAAGAUUAAGUCCUCAGUAUCAUCUCAGCCUGUUGAUUCAAAGGGAAAAGCUUGCUUCGUUUUAGAAGCUAUAAGUGGUCCAAAAGGGGAACAUGAGCUGGAGUUUCGGGGCUUUUUUAGCAGGAAUGGCAUUCCUGGGCCCAUAAUCAAACUGAAUUUGAUUCCUGAUCCUAACAAACCUGUAAAGCUCUGUGUUGAAUACGACAGCCGUGUCACUCUGUGUGCUGGAGACAUCUUUCCAGAUUUUAUGGUGGUGGUGAAGUCUGAAGAAGGCUCAGCGGUGAAAAACAUCUGUCCUGCAAAUCUGUCCAUGCUGCUGUGGAAAGGCACGGCGUCAGGCUCCUGUCCUCCCGCCGCAGCCUCGACGCUAAAGUGCAGUAAACGGAAAGACUCAGAGAAAGACGACAGCUUCUGCUUCAGAGAUAAGCAGAUUCCUGAGCUAGCAGGCCAAUAUGUUGUGCAGUUUGUUUUGGCUUUAGACCAAACCAAACAUCUAUGGAGCAAACAGAUUCCACUGAAUGUAUUUGCCAAUAAAGCCACGAAGUUAGCCCCUGAGAUUCCACCUGCUACUCCUGUUGUGUCCAAUAGUAACGUUCGGGCCAAUCGGACGCUGUUGUACAGCUUGACUCUAAAGAUCAUGGAUCAGUACAGUAACGUUGCUGGUGAAGGUCUGGAUGGACAAGUGGUUGUUACAGUGACCGGCACUGGAGACAUUGUGAUUCCUUUGUUUGAGAAUAAAGAGAAACGUCGGUCAUACAGCCUUACUAACGGAGAGACUGUCAUUACUGAUCUGGUUCUGCUAGAGAACAGUCCCGGGGUGGACGGAGCCGAGUAUGUUCUCCAGUUCAGUCCCGAGAUUCAGCAGACGGGGGUUUCCAUCGCCCCGUACAGCCUGCCGUUCAGAUUCUGCAACGAUGCAGAUCAUCAGAAAGUCAUUGUGACUCUCAGCAAGAAGAAGGACCGUCUUUCCCAAACUAUUAAGAUGUUCAGAGAGUUCUUCGACACCAAUCAACAACUGAUAUCUGAACUAGAGUGCCAGGUUCGAGAUGCUUUGCACAAACUAAAUGAGUUCAAACCAGAGCUCAAGAGAAAUGGCAUCUCAGCACUAUCCACUGUUUCAGAAAUAGAGGAUUUAAUAAAUGCCAAGAAAGCCAAUUUAACCAAAAUGGAGAAUCAGCCCAGACGGAAAUGCACUGUGCCUGACCCCUUCAGAGGCAGCCCACAAGUUCUGGGAAAGGUCGCUCAUCUGGCGCUGGUGAAGGAUGACAAUGUGGCGAAGGUGAUAUCUUGGCAUCUGCUGGGCGACAUGGACUGUGUGGUCACUGAAACCACAUCUGCAGCCAAGAGGAUCUACGAUGACACACACGGACGUCAACAGGUCCUGCCCCUCGAGACGAUCUUCUGGAAGCCCUACGACAAGCGUCUUCCUCACAUCAGGAACGGCUCGGCUCUCUUCCGUCCACUUGGGGAUCCUGUGUUUGUCAAAGAUCUGCUCAUUUUUCCUGAAUAUGCAGAAAGCUGCAAUAAAGUUUUCACCACUCUGCUUGGAGACACCAUAUUGAUUGAUGAUCUGGAUUCUGCUAAUCAAUAUCGUCGAGGGGUGGUUCAGAAUAAAAUACAGUGCCCUACCAUUUUAACACGGCAAGGAGAGCGGAUCCGCUGCAAUGGGAAGUUUGGCGGUCUGCAGAACAAGGCUCCGUCUAUUGAGAAACUUCGAGGACAGGUGUUUGGAGCACCUUUACCUGCUGAAUACAACCAAACACGCCUUCAGAUAGAUUUACUGCAGCAGUAUCGUGUUGCGAUGCAGAAGGCGUCCACCGUGCAAGCUGACUUAAAUAGUCAUUUAAUGGAUCUGCAGAGUCCGAUUAUGACACAAAAGAAGCAAGAGCUCGAGGAGCAAGAGGUGGAGUUACAAGAGAUUGAGAAAACCCUUGCCAGAACUCCAGAACAGAUGUCUGACGCUGUGAGAGUCAAGCGGAGUCUGGAGCCAGAAUCCUCAGACACACCAGUUCUUCCAAAAAGGAUCCGUCGCAAACCUCUUAAAAUGGAUUCAUGAUGUGACCGACAACUGAAGUGAUGCAUUUAUAUCUAAUUUUAUUUGGAGUUUAAAAAAAAGAUUAUUUUUAGUUUUUUUUUCUUCCUCUUUUUAAGUUUUUUUUAUAGAUAUUUUUUACAGAUUUCGUUGUGUCUGAUUUGUGCAGAAGCAAAAGAAGUGAAAGAAUUGGACUGUGUCCAUAAUAUAUAUUUUGUAUUUUUCUUUAAAGGAAAAAAGCUUUUUACAAAUACA